AUGCAGGCCAUCAAGUGUGUGGUGGUGGGAGACGGAGCUGUGGGUAAGACUUGCCUCCUGAUCAGUUACACUACCAAUGCAUUUCCUGGAGAAUACAUCCCCACUGUCUUUGACAACUACUCUGCCAAUGUCAUGGUGGAUGGAAAACCCGUGAAUCUGGGCUUGUGGGACACAGCCGGACAAGAAGAUUAUGACCGAUUACGCCCCCUGUCCUACCCGCAGACAGAUGUAUUCUUAAUUUGCUUUUCUCUUGUGAGUCCUGCAUCAUUUGAAAAUGUUCGUGCAAAGUGGUACCCUGAAGUGCGACACCACUGUCCCAACACACCCAUCAUCCUGGUGGGGACGAAGCUUGACCUGAGGGACGACAAAGACACGAUCGAGAAGCUGAAGGAGAAGAAGCUGACGCCCAUCACCUACCCGCAGGGCUUGGCCAUGGCCAAGGAGAUCGGUGCCGUCAAAUACCUGGAGUGCUCGGCGCUCACGCAGCGAGGCCUCAAGACAGUGUUUGAUGAAGCAAUCCGGGCGGUUCUCUGCCCGCCCCCCGUCAAGAAGAGGAAGAGAAAGUGCCUGCUCUUGUGA